AAAUAAACGAAUUGCAACAAGAAACCGUUGUUUUACCAAUAGAAAAAUGGAAAGCGAUGACUACAUUAAAUAAAAACUCAAGGACUUUUCUAUUUAUACACACUUGUAUGUGUUCAAAUUAAUAUCGCGCUCUGGUAAUAAAAUGUUUCUCAAAUACCAAUGAGUUAUAACGAUUUAAUCCAGGACAAGAGAGCUAAAAUGUUGUUUUUGAUAAUUUUGCUGAUAUUUUAUCCUUUACUUAACGUUACCGGCAUCAAUGUGACUUACAUUGUUCAAAAGAGUGAAAAUGUUUUAUAUCCCAGUUGCAUAGCUGAAGAUUUAGAAAGAUACGUCGGAAUCGGUUGGGUAUAUCCAAUUCCGAAAACAUCGCGAGACUUACCUCAUAUCGAAUCGAAAUUUAUACCCCCUAUACAAAAUGAGUAUGAUUGUAAAUUUACAAUGAAUAGUACUUGUAAUAAAUUAUGGUCCAUAACGGAUUGGCAAAUUGAUGUAAAUUCAAUUAGAACCAAAGAAUUAGUUACCGAUAUUAGAUGGGAAGAUUUGCCAACAAUUUUUGUAUCAAAUGCUACAGAAGAAUUCAAAGAACGGCUCGAUUUGGCUGCCGUCUUUAAACAAGCAUUUUCAGUUCGAACUGAUGGUUUUAUUGAAAUAUUUGUUUGUUCUGGAAAAAACCCUUACAAUGAACCUUGUUAUUAUUUAUUCAUUGAUUACCAAGAUAUUUAUCUUAAACAAUAUGAUGCUAUACCAAAAAACGUGAGAGGUGAUGUGAAAAAUGGGGCUCUCGAACACACUAAGGCCUCCUCGAAUAUUUUAUCACAAAACGAAUGGAGAAAUUUUAUUAUUAGUUCUAACGAAUUAGGUCUGGUGCAGCUGAUUGAUGGGAACCUCAAUAGAAUUUUGAUAGAUCACAAUUUUAGCAAACCAUUGAAUGCUAUGUAUAUGUUUAUGCGUAGUGCCAAUUCCAGUUUGUGGAAAAUUCAUCAAAACAGUUUUAUGUACACCACAACAACGCAGAUUUCGAGAUUGGGUCCUAUAUUGUCACUACCAAGUAAACAGUUGUGUGUUUCAAUUUUGGUUAAAAUUUGUCGACAUUGUGAAAUAAUAUUCUUUUAUAUGAAUAAAACCAAAAAAAUUUUGAAAGUAGUAGAACCAAAUAAGAAAGAAGAUUGGGUCGAGAUAAAACUGAAAGAAGAAAACAUCCAAAUGGAUAAAGUAAAUCUAUUUGUCGAAACAAAAUAUUCUGAUACCAAAUCUAAUGAAACCGGAGGUUUUUGGGCUAUAGACAAUGCGAGAGUUUGUAAUGAAAAUGAAAUAAAAGUAACGUUUUUGAAAUUGAAUAAAGCAAUAGAAAAUAUAGCAGAAGAUAAUAUAACUUGCCAGUUGAUAGCGAAUCCGAGCUGGAAACCAAAAAAAAUUGUCUACCCCAAAAUCGAAGAUUUUCCCGAAAUAUAUCACACAAGUACCACUAAUUCAAUAAGACUGAAAUGGGCCGACAAAGACGCCGAUAAUUCUAUAUCUUAUUUCAUUUUUUAUCAGGGAAAUGAUAUUUGUACAGGAGAACCGCACAAUCUCGAAAGAUUCCAAUCUAACGGUUUCAUUAGCACUAAAUAUAAAGAUGUAACUUUGAGAAAUUUAAUACCUUAUACAGUCUACAAUGUAACGAUAUCGACAGUGUUACACGAGACUGAUAAAAAGUUGUUUAUACAUACUUUAGAAACAGGGGAACCAAAUCUGGAAGAACUGCCGUCCAAUAUCCAACUUAGAGCUUCAGAAACUUCCAUAAAAGUUAUCUGGGAACCAGUAGAUUGUCGUAAACAGUACGGUAGAUUAGUAUACACUCUAAUUGUUGAGAAUUCGAGUUUGAAUUUUUCCAAACAGAUUUCCAUACAAACAGACACUAAUUACGAAAUAAAAGGUUUACAACCCAACACGCAGUACAACCUUAUUAUUUUAACAGCUAGAAAUGGCAGGAAUCUCUAUAAUAAUAUCAAAACUAGCAACUAUACACUUCAUUUUUCAACUAAAGCAGGAGUUGCUCCAGCGCCUGAAAAUCUAGAAUUAUACUCCAUCGGUACGGAAUCAGCUUUUCUUCGAUACGAUUUACCGACUAAUUCUAACGGUAUAAUCAAAGAUGUACAAGUGAAUAAAUGCAACAGUCUUUCCUUUAAAAAAUGUAAAGCCUCCAUUAGUUUUGUGAAAAAAUGUAGUUUGUGGCCUGAGAAGUACUGCGUGGAAUCCAAACCGCUGACGCCCUUUCAACCUUAUACGUUUAGGGUGAGCUUGAAGAAUCUUAAUACCCCCUCGUUCGGAAAGGAAGUAAUCGUGAGGGGAAAUGCCAGUGAAAGGGUACCAGGAAAACCUACUAAUAUAACUUAUAGAAUAGUAGAUUGUCAUCCGAUUAAUGAUUAUUGUUAUUUGAACGUUACAUGGUUGCAUCCGUACCAUCAAAACGGGACCAUAACAAGAUUUGAUGUUGUUUUGAAUAGUACUGAUGAAAAAAGUGGAAUGUUUCAUCGUGGGGUUUACAAUAUUGUUAAUCAAACCUAUUAUUAUGCCUACACAUAUCAGAUAAAAAACCUUCCCUAUGGUAGUAACCACAAUAUAUACAUAAGAUCCGGUAAUACAAUGUAUGAAAGCGAUUUUACUGAAAAAUUCAUUAAAAUUGACGACCUAGGACAUCAUAUCGAUCAAAUGCCAAAAUUAUUAGCCAAAGGAGAAAAAUCUUUGAUGUUUAAACCACCAAAAUUGGAUAGUAGAUUAGAAUAUUACACUAUGACAGUUGUCGUGCAAGAUUAUGACAAAAAUACACCAAUUGAUGGUGAUAUAUUGAAAAACAAAAGGAUAACCAAUAAUCUUUGUAAUAAGUUUGGACAUACAUGGAUAUCGCAAGUGAUAAAGGUUGAUAAUAUCAGUAAGACUGACAACAUAAUUAUAGGUAAUUCUGAGAAAGAAAGACUAGAACCAAACACGAAAUAUUGUGUGACUUUUAUUAUAAAUAAUAUGUAUAAAGGUACCCAACACGAUAUUGUUUACUACGAAAAAUUAAAAACUAGUAACUCUCAGAUUAUACAAAAAGAAAGUUCAGUACAAAGUUCUUUCAAUCAUCUUUAUUUGCUGUUUAUUAUUCUUCUAAUCGUGCCGAUAGGAUUUUUAGUUUACAGGUAUUUCAGAAAGAAGAGAUACAUAAAAACUCCUAUGAUGACUUCUACGGAACACAACUAUGAAACUUUACCUUGCGAAGAAAUUAGACUCAAGGAAUCAGAAACGAAUGGGUUAACGGAACGUGGUUCAAAUAAAACGUACGGAAACCAUAUCUAAUAAUGAAAAAAGUAUAUUAACCCCUUUGUUAUUUUUUUGUUCUCGAAUUAAUUUUACACACUUGUGACUAAAGCAUUCAGCUAAUCGACUACUGACAAUAAUCGUUCCUAAAAUAUUUUUUUAAAAGAAUCAGUGGAUCUAAAUUUUUAAAAUAAUGUGUCUUCCAAUAUACAGGGUGAACAUAUAGAGUUUUUACACUAAUAUACACUCAAACCAAAAAAAAAUUGUUCUUGUUCUAUGUCUUGCAUCAAAUGUUGAUUUUCUAUUCAAUUAUUUUCAAUGAUAAGACACAGUUUCCUGUAAAUGUUGAAUUGUGCUUCUGAAGUACUUAUAUCUGACUGUGAUAUAAAACACAAAGAAAGUUUAAUUAGAAAUUUCAAAUCCACCAUUUUUAUUGUGCUUCAUAGACGUAUAUUGAAUCAAAACUUUAUUUGUAGAAGUUUUUUUUUUAGAAAUUAUGUAAUUUUAAAUACACAUAGUACAUAAAUUGCAGCUAUUUUGAAUAAAAUUUCGACUAUAUAACGUUUUAAUUAUUCUUUUUAAUCUUUU